AUGGCACGGAGAAGGGUCAACCUGAGGACUCCUACAUCAAACGUCGUCGUCCUCGCCUGCGUGGCUGUCGUCGCUCUGUGCGACAAGGUCCCAUUCCUCAUCCCCCAUCCCCCAGUCUACAUCCCUAGACCUGCCUACCACACCCCCGAGCCUGCCUACCACGCACCUGAGCCUGCCUAUCACGAGCCAGCAUACCCCGAUGUGCCCGCGAAGUACAACUACAACUACGGCGUCGCCGACAGCUACUCCGGCGCCAACUUCGCCGCCUCGGAGUCCCGCGACGAAUCUGAGGUCACCUACGAGGGCGAGGCUCAGUACCCCGAGUACAAGCCCACCUACAAGCCCGCUCACCCCGCUUAUGCUUAA